UCGAAACCGAUACUCUCUAUUCUUGGAAUAAAUUUUCCGAUCUCUCUUACUGAGGCUGAAAUUUUGGUCAUUGAGAAACGAAACCUAAGAAAGCCAUGAAACCAGACCUUUCAACCUCAGCUUCUUCAAAUUCAACCACCACCACCGCCGCCGCCAUAGAAGAAGAUGAGCGAUCGGAAGCCCGCGACAGCUGUUACUACCCCGGUUGCCGGAAAGAUGCGAAUUGCGACUGCAAGAUUUGCUUGGACAGUAUCAACGCCACUUUGGACCUAAUGCCUUACAGUGUCCAAAAAAGCUCCCUCACGAAGCUCUCUGCUUCAAGACCUAAAGUCGAAACCACUCCGAUUUCCUUUAACCCUUCGAUUUUGACGACGCCGACAACUGUCACCUCUCGGAUCUUGAAGUAUCCUAAAUUUGAAUCUCCAGUGAAAUUGAGUUCGAAAUUCAAGGCCGAGGAAGGGGAAAGAGAUUCGAGUUCGUUGCGUCGGUUUGUUACGUUGGUUUUUGUUCUGAGUUUGAUCCUUGUAGUGACUACUGGGUUUUCGUGUGCGAUUGCUAGGGUUAUUCGACCGAAGCUGUCGGCAGAGAUUGUUAGAACUGCGAGUAAGAAUUCUCAGUUCGUGCAAGAUUUGAAUGGAAAAUUGAGGGUUUUACAGAGGGAGUUGCAGGGGAUGGUGAACGGGGAGAUCUCAAAUUGCAGUUACUCGAAUUCUUAUUGGGAAAUUGACCAGGAGGGAAUGCUCUUAAAUUCAAAGUGUACAAUGUAUAAAUCAGUCACUGAGGCAGUGAGCAUAUGGGGUUGGCCUCUGCAGACAGCUGGAUUGCUUCGUACCGGAUUUUCGCAUCGAUCAUUCACAAUCUUAUCCGGCAGAGUUACGGAGUGGUCUGAUGGAGGAAUUGGUUACCUGGUUCGAGAGGCGAAUACUUCUUGGGUGCAGAAGAGAUGGGGUGCCUCAGCUGUGCAAUUAGAUCCUCAUACAUGGGUUCUUGAGUACCGACAAAGCUCGUUGUUAGAGAACUCGAGCUUGAAUGUGAUGGCUGCAGAUUUCUUCAAGCAUUGGAUGUCGAAAGUCAUAAGAAGAUUGAAGAAUGAGCUUUGGCUGUUUUUGGAUGGUGAAACCAAAUUUCAUCAGAUUACAGCUACACGUGAUUUCAAAACACCAACAUGAGAAGAAUGGAGUUCUCAUAUCUAGUGAGAAUCUUUUGAAAUUUCAUUCUCCUUUCUUUUUUCCCUCUACUUUUUUGGUGGAAACUAAAUUGCUUUGUUUCCUUUCCUAUGUCAUGUCUCUAGGAUCAAAGAUGUUAGUCGAUGCUAUAUGUAAAUGUAACUUCAUAGAAUCAGAUUUUCUAUGUAUUUGGUGCUUUCUUUUUCUGGCAAGAGAAUUGGUGAAGACC